UGCUAAUCAUUUCAAUUAGCGUUCAGAAGUUUAAUAAGCACAGAGCUGUUAGGAAGUGUCCACGCUCGUGCCAUACGAACGUUGACUAGGUACUACGCAUUUGCAAUUUUGAUUUAAUUUACUUCUUUUGCCAACCAUUAUUUAGCGUAUCAAUAUGGUGACAAGUAGACGCACCUCCAGUGUGUCAAAGUUGCUACCACCCACCUUUGGUCGGCGACAUUUGCAGUGCCUUCUAAUGUUUUUGGGCUUCUCAGCAGCAUUUACUAUGCGUGUUAAUCUUUCGGUAGCCAUUGUGGCAAUGAUGGAUAACAAAGCAGCAAACCCUGAUUUUCCAGAGUACCAGUGGUCGGAGCAGAUCAAAUCGCGCAUACUCAGCAGUUUCUUUUGCGGCUAUAUAUGCACACAAAUUCCUGGCGGUUUGUUAGCGAGUCGCUUUGGUGGCAAGGUGAUGUUGCUCAGCAGUAUCUCUAUCAGCAGUGUAAUGGCGCUGCUUACACCGAUCGGCGUUGACUUUGGUGGUUGGAAGUUACUCUGUUUCAUGCGUUUUCUACAAGGAAUCGGACAAGGUGUAACAGUGCCGUCGAUGCAUACUUUGCUUGCCAAAUGGUCACCGGUGAAUGAGCGUGGCUCAUUGGCCACUUUUAGUUAUUCGGGCUCACAAUUCGGUACUGUGGCUAUGUUGGCUACGAGCGGUUUACUCGCUUCAUCAUCCAUGGGUUGGCCGAGCAUUUUCUACAUACCCGGCGGUUUGGGUCUAUUAUGGGUAGUGGCUUGGAUUAUUUGGGGCGCAAAUUCGCCAAUGGAAUGUACAAAGAUUGGUGAUGCAGAGCGGGAACUAAUCGAAACAUCUUUGCAUGAUAGCGUUAAACAGAGCGAUCGCAAAGCGAACUUGCCCGUACCUUGGAAGAAAAUAUUAACAUCGUGUCCAUUCUUCGUAUUACUUGUAACACAUUGUGCAUCGACUUGGUGCUUCUGGACGUUGCUCACACAAAUUCCUACAUAUAUGAAAAGUGUACUUGGCAUGGAUAUCAAAAGUAAUGCCCUACUAUCGGCGCUGCCUUACUUUACUAUGCUAGUUUUGGGAUUGAUGUUAUGCCCGCUUAGUGAUUACUUGGAGAAGGGCAAUCGUUUGAGUGCAACAACUAUUCGAAAACUUUUCAACUCCAUUGGCCAAUGGGUGCCGAUGAUAACUCUAAUUUGUUUGGGUUAUGUUACGCGUGAACAGGCAAAUAUGGCUGUAGCCUUGCUAACGUUCACAGUGGGUAUUAGUUCAACUUUACAUCUGGGCUUCCAAGUGAAUCACAUCGAUUUGGCGCCGAACUUUGCUGGCACUUUGGUUAGCCUAACCAAUUGUGCGGCCAAUGUGUCUAGCAUCAUAGCGCCUUUAGUGGUGGGAUUUAUCGUCACCGAUACGAGUAAUCCCUUUCAAUGGCGUAUAAUCUUCUUUAUUGCUGGUGGUAUUAGCUUUUUUGGUAACCUGCUAUUCGUUAUAUUCGGCACUGCUAAAAAACAACCAUGGAAUGAUGAGCAAAGCGCAAAGAGUCAUGAAAUUAAACCACUUAAUGAAGAAUUGGACGAAACUCCAAUCAACAAAGCGGAAUCUCAGUUAGCGGUUUAAUUAGAUUUGACCCAUGUCCUUUUAAUUUCAAGCAAAGCUUAUGAAAACAUAACAUUUAGAUGGUUGCACACAUAUGUAUAUACAUGUAUAAAUUAGUAUUUAACACAAGUCGUUGUUGUAAUCUUACCAAAUAGUUGUAAUUCAUAUUAAGUUACCAUUUAAGGACGCAAAAUCUAGUUAAGCUUCAAGUUUCAUCUGUACAAAGUAUGGAAGAUGAGUUUGGUGAUAGGUGUAGAAAAAAACAAAGAAUAUUACGCUUUAUUGCAAAUAAUUGAAUAAAUACAUUUUUAUUAAAGCAUUUUAAUAUUUG